AUGUCAUAUUUAUUUUUCGAGCUUGAUGAUCCAUUAAAUCCAUCCACUUUAAAUAAUCUAGAAGAAAAAAGUUAGUAUGAGGUUUGUGAUUAAUAAGAGAGAGAGAAAGGGUAUUCUAGCUAUGACUCCAUACAAAAUUAGAACUAAUAAAAUAAAAGUCAUCAAGAAGCAAAGAAUAUCCCAAAAAAUAUGGGAGUACUUAUUAAGAAUUACUUUAGUAAUUAUUAUUUUAAUUUUUAGUCAAUAAUUACAAAGAUUUAGCCAGAUAGAAUAUUACUAUAAAAAAGUUUAUAAGCAAAGUUAACAGCAAAAAGAACUACACUCGAAAAGAUCUGAAGGUCCUCUUCUCUAAUGAGCAGGCCAGAUUCAUUUGCAAAGAAUAUUUCUCCAGUUUCUAAAUCAUUAAGGAUAUACUGAAGUCUACGAAGAUAAGCGAUUCUGAAGUGGUUCUAAAGUAUGUCAAAAAGCUAUUCAUUGGUACUCAAGAUCCGUAAUCCCUCUCCUCUCUAAAAUAUUCAAAUUAUGAGUUUUGA